AUGCGGUCAUUUAUUGCUCUCCUUACGCCCGUUCUUGCCGUGGCCAACCCUAUCGGCAUCGUCGGCGACGGGGAUACUCCUAAGCCGGAUGAGAUCACCAUCGUCAGCGCUUCCGCCAGUGGAAAUGGCUGUCCUCAAGGAACCGUGACGACGGACCUCUCCCCGGAGCGAGAAGUUAUCACUUUUGGCUUUGACGCUUUCCAGGUGUAUACCGGACCUGGCACCGUACAAUCGGACAAGUCCAAGAACUGCCAGCUUCAUCUGAACCUCAAGUACCCGGGGGGUUUCCAAUUUGCUGUGGUCGAGUCCACAUACCAUGGUUACGCCCAGCUUGAGGACGGCGUGACCGGUACGUUUUACUCGACCUACUAUUUCUCCCAAGACGCCGCUGCUACCACCACGACUCGAACAUCAAUCGAUGGAGGUGGGCUCUGGGCCGACGGCCAGGUAUACACCAAGCAGGAUCAAAUCCCUACGGCAUCGAUCAUCUGGUCACCUUGCGGCUCUACGGGUAUUCUCAACGUCAACAACCGCAUCGCGCUGACGUCGAGCAAUACGACCGCCUCAGGUCAGAUCUCCGACGAUGACGCUACCGUCGCUUUCACCCAGCAGGUUCACGUUAGCUGGCAAGCUUGCAAGUAGAAGGUAAAAUGGUCGAGGUUGAUUCGCGUGUACGAAAGGGGGGGGUGAGUGAAGGAGUUCAGGAAGUUUAUGAGCACGUAAAGGGGUAAGUACUGUGAUCAUUGGUGAAGAAGGGAGCCCAGCAGACAUUCGUACAUACCACAUAGGAAAAAUCACCUCCGUCCAAAGUAUUAUGUCUCUUUGAAAAAUGUACGAAUAUUCCAACUUACGUUUUCUGUUCAAGAACCUACACGGUUCUAAGGUGAAUUGAAUGAGACAACCCGUGUGAAGUUGUAUGGUUUGGUAGAUCACCAUACUCUACCCAGGCAUUUGCGUCGAUGUAAAACCAAUAUAGGAUCCCCGUAGGCGGUAUUAGCUGACCAACAAGGCCAUGUGCAGCUGAUUACUGGAAAUUAGGCGCAGAAAAUCGCAUUACAUCGUACCGUCUAAAAUACCAAACAAAAUGCUAAUAUAUCCAAGUAUCGGGUAUUCGAAGAUUAAAGACCUCGUAAACCUA